GUGGACCGUUUUGCAUUUCAGCAUCAGUCCACAGCAGAUCACAGCACCUGUAACAAGCACCCACAAACCAAGAAACAAUGGCUUUCAGUCAGAUUGUCGCCGUCGUGUGCGUGGCUUUUGCCGUAGCUGAAGCCAGUGUGAUCGCCGGAUACGGCGGUUACGGCAUUGCUGGACUGGGUCAUGAUGCUCUUGGACUGGGUCAUGCGGGUUUGGGACUGGGUCAUGCGGGACUGGGCUACGGUGUCGCCCCCGUGGCAGCUGUGGCCCCCGCUAUCGCCGCUCCUCACGCCGUAGCAGUUGCAGCUCCUCAUGCCGCUGUGGACUAUUAUGUAAGUGCUUACCCCAAAUACUCAUACAACUACGGAGUUGCCGACGGUUUGACCGGCGACAUCAAGCAGCAAUCUGAGCAACGAGAAGGAGAUGUAGUCAAGGGACAGUAUAGCCUGGUGGAGCCAGAUGGCAGCAUCCGUACAGUGGACUAUACCGCGGACCCGGUGAACGGCUUCAAUGCUGUGGUAAGCAAGAGCGGGCCUGGAGUUCAUGCCGCACCCGUUGUGAAGCCAGUAGCAGUGCCAGUAGUUGCACAAGUAGCGUACGCCCCAGCACCGAUCGCAGCUCCCAUCGCCGUGACGAAGCAGCACUAUGCUCAGUACGAGACGUACCCAACUCACACCGCGGCACACCUCGUCCCUGACUACGAUGCAUAUGACACGGGGUAUGUGGACUCUGUCGGUGGUGCGCAUAGCGGACAUUAUUCCAACUACGGAUAUUACUGAUACACACACACGUUCCACAGUCACGCACUCAAACGAUUUGAAGUCCACAAUCUCUCAUACUGUUAAUAUGAUUGUAGUUCAGCAUGUCUAAAGAAGAGACCAUAAAAUCUAAGAGUAAAGUGUGAUCUGAAUUAAAUAAAAUUAGCCAAACGAUUCUGGGCGAUCGCUGUUAACAAACUGCAACUAAAGACACGGACUAUAGUUAUUUAUCGCAUUGCAAACUAAUCAGCAAAGUGCAGGAAUAGAGUGACUACAAAUGGCCCAAUGGCAGCGGUCUGACUUUGCCAACAAAAGACUGUAAGAGCAUUGCUCAUCACAGAAACAGAAAGACUACAGCACUGUAAAUUUCUUACGCUGUUUGCUUUAUUUUCCCUUCAUUUGGUAACCUUGGUAAACAUUGAAACCAUAGUAACAAAGGUAACAAUAGUAAUCAACGUAAUUACAGCAACCAUACCAUGACGUCAUCGAGGAGAAUUGUCCUCUCAUCUCACGACUUCGAAAAUACGUCAGAUUUGUUAUUAUCCAAUGGACUAAAUUAAAAAUUACGAGUUUGGGCAAGCCUCCAAUGACAAAAAUGCAUAAUAAGUUUCACGAAAAUCUCUUCAGCCACUAUAAAGUUUUAUAAGACGAACAGACGGACGGACAAAGAAAACUUAAUAUGAGCAAAAUAUUAAUGUAUAAUUAUUAUUAAAAUCAUUAAUCAUUCAUUUAUAGGACUUCAUAAAAGAUCAAUCUGAAACGUAAUUAUAGUUUCAUCAAUAAACUGCUAAAUAUCUCGAAAUUAAAAUUGUUCUAUGUUUAACAACCAGAAGUUCACUGCUUUCUGGUAUUAAACAUAAGAACAAAUUUUAUGAUUGACGUUAAUAAAAUUAGGCAAUUUGUCAGAGUGCAUAAAUCAAUUUUUUGACAUGGCCUGGUAAUUUAUUAAGCAUAAAUAAAGUAAAUAAAAUCUGGA